CACGUCACUGGUCCGGAGCAAGGCUGCCUCUUUACUUUGUUUUCGUGGAACAAAACAGUUCAUGUCGUAUAAGUUUCGCACGAUAAAAACAGACGAUACAGAUAGUUUGCAAUGCAGUGUAUACAGCGACAACCGAAAAAAACAAAAUCCGAGGAAAAUGUCUUGCAGGAGAACAUCAGCAAAGUGGCACGGGAGGACCGAGAGAGACUAGGGUUACAGGGUGAUGAGGAUCUGCAGUUCAUUCUGAAGGGCUGCAGGCUCCAGAAAGUGAAGUCCAGCUCCUGGAAGAAGCUCCGCUUCUACAAGCUGCAGGAAGACUGCAAAACCAUCUGGCAUGACUCCAAGAAGUUACUGAGCAGCCCUGACAAGCACACCUUCUCUAUCCAGGACAUUGAGGAAGUGCGUCCAGGCCGGCAGUCCGAGGGCCUGCAGAAGAACGCUGGAAACGCCCCGGAUGGCUGCUGCUUUUCCAUCUUCUUCAAAGGCCACAGGAAGAACCUGGAUCUGGUGGCCAGCUCCGAGGAGGAGGCUGUGCAGUGGGUCACAGGCCUGAAGAAAGUGAUCCACCUGUCAGACAAACUGAACAGCAAGCAGAAGCAGGAGCACUGGAUUUACAGCUGUCUCCGCAAGGCCGACGCGAACAACGACAACAAGAUGACUUUCAAGGAGCUCAAGCACUUCCUGGGCGAAAUCAACAUCAAAAUAGAUGACCUUUACGCAGAGAAGCUUUUCAAUGAGUGUGACAGAUCCCAUUCCAAAACGCUGGAAGGCUCUGAAAUCGAGGAGUUCUACAAGCGGCUGACCCACAGGAAUGAGAUCGAAGUGAUCUACUCGAAAUAUGCUGGCAGCAAGGGGAUGAUGAGUGUGGAGGAUCUGGGGAACUUCCUGAGGUUGGAGCAACGUGAAGACGUGGGGCCGAACGAAGUCGUCGCACUCAUUGAGAAAUACGAGCUGGAUGAAGCAGCAAAGGAAAAGAAGCUGAUGAGCAGAGAUGGCUUCCUGAUGUACCUGCAGUCGAGUGACGGGCUGGUAUUGAACCCCACACACACCUUGGUGUACCAGGACAUGAGCCAGCCUCUCAGCCAUUACUUCAUCUCCUCCUCUCACAACACCUACCUGAUGGAGGACCAGCUCAAGGGACCCAGCAGCACUGAGGCCUACGUCAGGGCUCUUACGAAAGGGUGCCGCUGUGUUGAGCUGGACUGCUGGGAUGGACCCAACGGUGAUCCUGUGAUCUAUCACGGGUACACCCUCACCUCCAAAAUACUCUUCAAAGACGUCAUCAAGACUGUGAAGGAGUACGCUUUCAAGAAUUCCGAGUACCCAGUGGUCCUGUCCUUGGAGACUCACUGCAGUGUGGACCAGCAGAAGGUGAUGGCCCAUCACAUGAAGACAAUCCUGGGGAGCAUGCUGCUGACCGCACCCCUGGAUGGCAAAAUGCCAACCAACUUCCCUUCCCCCGAGCAGCUAAAGGGGAAGAUCCUGGUGAAGGGGAAGAAGCUGCAGUCGCUGGAGCACAGCAUGACGAGCCCCGAGAGCCUGCAGGGGGAGGAGGAGGAUGUGUCGGAGGAGGACGAGGCUGCAGACCUGCAAGAGGAGAAGGGCAAGCCCAAGAAAUCCAAACUUAAACUGGCCAGGGAGCUCUCGGACUUGGUCGUUUUCUGCAAAAGCGUUCAUUUCCCUGGCUUUGAGACUGCCAGGGAGACACAGGCUUUCUACGAGAUGUCUUCCUUCGCAGAGAGCAAGGCAUUCAAGUUAGCUCAGGAGUCAGCGAAUAGCUUUGUCAUUCACAACACCAGGCAGCUGAGCAGGACCUAUCCUAGAGGCACGCGGACAGACUCCUCCAAUUACAAUCCUGUAGACUUGUGGAACGCAGGCUGUCAGAUAGUUGCCUUGAACUUCCAGACCUCUGACCAAAGCAUGGAUCUGAACCAGGGCAAGUUCCAGCAGAAUGGAUUUAGUGGCUACCUUCUCAAACCGAAGUUCAUGCGAGAUGGGCAGACGCAAUUCAACCCCAUGUCCAUCACGCAAGGGGUGUGGCUGACUCCCAAGAAACUCCAUUUGAUGAUCAUAUCAGGCCAGCAGCUCCCCAAGGUGAACAAGAAUAAGAACAAUUCCAUUGUGGACCCACUGGUCCGAUUCGAGAUCUUCGGGGUCCCGCAAGACGUGUGUUCAGAAGAGACUGAACACAUUGAAGAUAACGGGUUUAACCCGAGCUGGAACAAGAGCUUCCAGUUUGAUAUCUCGGUCCCGGAGCUGGCCCUCGUCCGCUUUGUGGUGGAAGACCACGACACCGCUUCCCGAAAUGACUUUGUGGCACAGUACACACUGCCCUUCAUGAGUUUAAAAAACGGAUACCGCCAUGUUCCUCUGCUGACGAAGGAAGGGAACCCCAUCGCUUCCUCCUCCAUCUUCGUACACAUCAUGAUCGUCGACCAGUAGAAACAGCUUCACACGGAAAGCCUUAAAAACCAAAGACUUUUACAAUCACGCCAUUACAUUUUUAAUUCAUGUUGGGUUUUUUUUUAAAUGUUGUUAUCAUAUUUAAAUUUGUAUUGCUCUUUUUAUGUUAACCCUAGUUUUAUCUUCUG